CGAUCAGGAUGGCUGUUAAGAAGAUGACCAUCCUUUACACCCUCUUUCUCUGUCUGAUAACAGUGAUGGUGCGUGGAGCACAAGGAUGUCUUGUGGGAUUUAACCUUACUAAUGGAGAAUGCAAAGAUAUUGAUGAAUGUAAUCCUCAGCCUUCCGUCUGUGGACACCACGCCUCUUGCUACAACACCGCAGGAAGCUAUGGCUGCCGAUGCCUAAAAGGAUUCCAGUCAACCAACUCGAAUUAUACGGCAGGGGACCCCAAAUGCCAAGAUAUUGACGAAUGUGCAAUUCUUGGAUCCAUCUGUGGAGAAAACUCAAUAGGCUGCCACAAUACACCAGGAAGCUUCAUCUGCAAUUGUACAAAUGGAUUCAUCCCCUCCCGAGUUAACUUCAAAUGCCAAGGCUAG